UAGAAUUGAAUGGCUACCGAAAUGCCAGCUGCGCACUAACUGCGAAAGUAGAAGACCCACUUGCCAGAUUCUUCUCGAUUCUACAAUUUACUCUCUGCUUAUCAAUCUUCAAGAUACGAAACCAUUCUUCAUUCUGGUGGCAUUGCUUCCCAAUCCUAUUACUUCACCAUCACAGACCCGAACCCUCCUCCUCCUCCUUGCUGUGGACAGACUGUGAAAAGUUGCUGAUGAAAUGUCCUUUUGCUGUUCCAUUGAAGGGUUGUCCUCUUUUCUCGGUGAGUUUCUCUAAAGAUGCAAACUUUGGGUGUGUGUUCAUGGAAAGGUGAUACCUUUGGAUGUACUCUUUCUGAUGCAUUUUGCGAUAAAAGUAGCAGGAAGAGGAGGUUUCUUGGUAAUCUGGUUGGGUUUGGUAGGGUUUCUGGUUUGUGGAUAGAUUUGAAUGAUUCAUCCUCUGAUAGAAGUGGAGUCUGUUCUGGGAAUUCAAGAUAUGACUUGGGAGUGACAUUGUUCUGUGGCUACACUGGCACCAGAGUCUUUCGCAAGCCUAAGAAAUGCUGUUUUGGCGCCUCAUUUGCAUUGGCUUGGGCAUUGGAGCAACAAGCAAUUGGGAGUGAAUUCAGUGAUGGGAAUUCAAAUAAAAUUGAUGGUGAGCUUCGAGAAACCAAGAUUUCAAAAUCUGAUAGCUUUUGCAUUGAUGGAGUGAGUGGCACUGAAGAUAACAGUGAUGAGGAAGAGAAGGUUGUUGAUGGCGAAAAUGACGGAGAAGUUGGGGAAGAAGAUUGCCCAAGGGUGGAUGUUCGCUCUUUGGCCCGGAGCUUGAAGCUUGGAAAAACUGCAGACGAUGUGGAGGAGGUCCUCAAGGACAAGGGUCUAUUGCCCCUUCAGGUGUUCUCUUCCAUGAUUAGAGGCUUCGGGAAAGAGAGAAGAAUUGAUCCUGCGUUGGCUGUUAUGGAGUGGCUUAAGAGGAAGAAGGAAGAGACUAAUGGUGCGAUAUAUCCGAACCUCUUCAUCUGUAAUAGCAUUUUGGGUGCUAUAAAGCAGUCUAAACAGUUUGGCGAGAUGGAUAGGGUCCUGGACUAUAUGGCCAGCGAAGGUGUGGUUCCGAAUGUCGUGACAUAUAACACUCUGAUGACAAUUUAUUUGGAGCAAGGGCGAACUAUUGAGGCCCUCAAUGUUCUUGAGGAGAUCCGAAGAGUCGGUCUCGUUCCCUCUGCAGUAUCCUAUUCCACUGCCUUGUUGGCUUAUAGAAGAAUGGAAGAUGGAAUUGGGGCUUUGAGGUUCUUCGCUGAAUUUAGGGAAAAUUAUUUGAGGGGUGAGAUGGGAAAAGACGACGACGAGGAUUGGGAGAAAGAAUUUGUCAAGCUUGAGAAUUUCACAGUUCGAGUUUGCUAUCAAGUGAUGAGGAGGUGGCUCGCGAAACAAGAAAACUUGAGUGAGAAAGUAAUGAAGCUUCUUUCGGAUAUGGACAAGGCCGGGCUUCGGCCUGGUCGGGCAGAGCACGAGCGCCUCAUAUGGGCUUGUACUCGUGAAGACCAUUAUGUUGUUGCAAAGGAAUUAUACAAGAGAAUAAGAGAGAGGCAUUUGGAGAUCAGCCUAUCUGUGUGCAAUCACUUGAUUUGGCUGAUGGGGAAGGCUAAGAGAUGGUGGGCAGCUCUGGAGAUUUAUGAGGAUUUGUUGGACAAUGGACCAAAGCCAAAUAACAUGUCUUAUGAAUUGAUCAUGUCUCAUUUUAACAUCUUAUUAACCGCUGCUAGAAGAAAAGGGGUUUGGAGAUGGGGCGUUAGGUUGAUCAACAAAAUGGAAGACAAGGGGCUUAAACCUGGAAGCAGGGAAUGGAACGCAGUACUUGUUGCCUGUUCCAAGGCAUCGGAAGCUAGUACUGCCAUACAGAUUUUUAAAAGGAUGGUGGAGAAAGGAGAGAAACCGACGAUCAUCUCCUAUGGGGCAUUGCUUAGUGCGCUCGAGAAAGGGAAGCUCUACGAAGAGGCCCUCAAGGUGUGGGACCACAUGAUCAAGGUUGGCAUCGAGCCAAACUUAUAUGCAUACACGAUCAUGGCUUCUAUAUUCACGGGACAGGGAAAGUUCAAGAUGGUGGAUGCUGUAAUUAAGGAGAUGAGUUCAUUGGGGAUCAAUCCGACCGUCGUGACAUAUAACGCGAUUAUAAGCGGAUGUGCACGGAACGGCAUGGGAAGUGCAGCGUACGAAUGGUUUCACCGAAUGAAAGUGCAGAAUGUACCUCCGAACGAGGUCACUUACGAGAUGUUGAUAGAGGCACUAGCAAGAGAUGGAAAACCGAGGCUAGCAUAUGAAUUGUACUUGAGGGCUCGCAACGAGGGGCUGAAUCUCUCUACGAAAGCUUACGAUGUGGUCGUAUGGUCAUCUCAGGUUUAUGGGGCUACUGUAGAUUUGAGCGUUCUAGGACCUCGGCCUCCUAAGAAGCCGAACUUCGAGUUUCCGAAAACUAUAGCUGAGUUAUGUGAUGAAGCUGACUCUGUGAGAGGCGAACCCUGUUCAAUUGGAAGGAAACUUACACGUGACUCACUGAAGAAACCAAGACCUGUUCGGGCUGCCUCAACAACGAGGGCAGGUAUAGACAUUGCCUCCAGGAGGAGCAAAGACCCUGAGUUCAUUCCUGAUCUUGGAUAUUUCAUGGACCGGUGUGCUAGUCAGGAGAGUUCGUUGGACUCAAGUAGCGACUCCCCGUCCGAGGUCCCGAAGUUCACCAUGCUUGGUCCCUGAGCCAGAUGCUCGCGAUGUUCUCACGGUA